GGGUCAUCUGAAUAAGCGCAUAUUUGGGGAUGCGAAUUAUGAGUGGGAUGUUCUCAGGGAUAAAACAGUUGGAGUGCAAACUGAAAUCACUUGACGAACUUGACUUCGAAGCUUUAAAGGAAAAAGCUAUUUGCUUACUAAAAUAUAAUCAACAGUUAGAAAAUAUUAUAUCAAAGCUUCAAAAACAAGAAAAUGAAGUCCCAAAAGUCACCAAACCUUUCAUUUUUGACAGGUCAGUCUUCCGUUUCAAUCAUUUGGUAGGUAUAAGAAGCGCCAUAUUGCGUUAAAAGUAUCGUAUUUGGGCUGGAAUUACGGUGGAUUGGCUCCUCAAGGUUGUCUCGCAUUAACCGUCAUGGACCGUGUUUUCGACGCACUGGAAAAAUCCAAACUCAUUGAAAAUAGAAACGAGUGCAAUUUUUCAGUUUGUGGACGAACUGACAGAGGAGUUAGUGGGCUGUGCCAAGUUGUUUCUCUUGUUUCGCGUUCACUUAUAGCUAGAGGGGUCGGAGUUAUUGAAGACUCUGGUUCUCGUAUCUCUGAGCGUCAGGAUGUUCCUGACAAAGAAAUGGACUACGUUUCUGCGUUGAACAGAAAUCUACCACGCGACAUCCGAGUCCUAGCCUGGUCUCCCAUCUCACCAGACUUUAGUGCAAGGUUUACGUGUUGCAAAAGAUCUUACGAAUAUUAUUUCCCUGAAAGCGGUCUAGAUACUAAAUCAAUGAUGGACGCGGGUAAUCGGCUCGUCGGAGUACAUGAUUUCAGAAACUUCUGUACUUCCCGAAUCGAAAAAGAUACUGUGACUUUCAUACGUGAAAUUUUCGAAGUGGUUAUAAGCGAUGUAGACUCGUGUGAUCAUCACUGCAAGUUAUGUCGCAUUAGCAUAUCGGCUUCGGGUUUCCUUUAUCACCAAAUACGGUAUGUUAUGUCCGUCUUGUUUAUGGUAGGAAGGGGUUAUGAAAGUCCAUCAGUUAUUGAUGACAUGUUGGAUUUGAGUAAGACUCCCGCUAAACCUCAUUAUCACCUUGCAGCUGACUUCCCGUUGUUAUUUAUUGCUGGCACCUACCCAGAAUCUUGUUUAAAUUGGGAAACAAGUGAAGGUAUGUGGAUAGUUGCUUCACUUUACAAUAAAAUUUCUAGCUGCUCAACUAGAUUUGGUCAAACAUUAUCAGAAAUUGUGGUCAGAAUACGAAAUCCGGUAGAAAUAUUGUACUUUUCUUUAAACGAUUUUUAUCCAAAUUGUUUCCAGAUCAGCUAUUGUCAGAAGAAUGUUGAAUUAUGUUGAAAGUACCAUUCCAAAUAGCUCACUAAUCAAUCAUCAUUUGGAUGAAAUAUCUCCAGAGGCUAAAUUUAUUAGCACUUUAGAACUGUCUAGUAAGAAAACUGUAAUUAAGAAGCUAUCCACAAGACAUGUGGAACUUACUGUGGAUGAGAAAAUCGAAAAUUUACGUAAAAAGAGGAAAAUAGACACGUGUAAUUUGGAAAAACCCAUAGAAACAGAAAUUACUGAGCAGUGUACUUGAAAAUCUCCUUAAACAUGUAUUACGUUGAACAAGCCUUUUUUUCUUCAAAAUUAUGGUGAAAAGGUUUAUAAAGUCUCUGAAAAACAUUACAAAUAGUAGAACCAUCUGCUGUUUAUGACAUUACACUCAUACAAGAGCAUACUUGUUCCUUAUCUAUCAGUAAGUAUUAAAUGAGAAAUAACCUGUGCUUGAAGCAUUUUAACCUUCUGAUGCUAAUUAGAUUUAGGUUUAUAUGCAAUGAGAUAACCUAGUAGAAUCGGAGGGUAAACACCAAUCUGUAGUGUCAAACAUAUAAUUAAAGCAGGUCGUAGGAUUAGUCUUAAAUUAACUUUUUGAUGUUUCAUAAAAAUGAUCCAGAACCAAUGAUUAGAUUUGCUGCAAUCUUAACAAUACGGAAAUUCAAACCCUCCUGUGUGUUCAAAAAUAAUCAGUACUGACAAUAAACCUACCCUGAUAAUAUUGAUUUCAUUUUACUAUUCGUUUAGUUCAGCCUUUAUUUUUGUAAAAGCAUUUCAGUCGCCCUUCAUAUUAGCCUAAACAUAAAC